AUGGAAACCAACGGAUUGUUUAUCCCCCCGGAGCUCAUGGUGCAGAUCCUGGGCGAACUGCCUCAGCGCGAUCUUUUGCUCGCGCAACGGGUCAAUCGAACAUGGAACGAAUUGAUUGCCAACGACAAACACCUUCAGGAAAAGCUGUUCUUUCGCCCAGCAACAACAUGUUUGCAACCAGAGUCGAAGCCCGAUAUCGAUAUAAAUCCUCUCUUGGAGGAAUUCUUCCCGCCAUUCUUCGAACACCUGCAGAGGACGUUGGCGUAUGGCAAUAUUAACGAUCGUAGGGUUUCUGUCGAGUUUGACGACUUGGGUCUUGAGUACAAUGGUAUUGAGUCUCUGAGGGAGCAAGAAUGGUACAAAUCUGAGACCAAGCGGCAGGCCGUCCUGCGCGUAGAUGCGUCGUGGCGACGAAUGUACCCCUGCAACCCACCAGGGCGACUCGGAGACCUCGGGAUGGAUCUGUCGCGCAUUGAUAUCUUCGACGGAAGGUACCUGAUCGACACAGCCUACCUGACAACCAAAUACGAGUUGGAGAACCACAAGGUCGGGGCGAAGAUGGGACUCAUCUGGUGCACAUCAAUGUUCAUCCUAGAUGAUAAUCCGACGGGUCAGUUCCGUCAGUUUCGGGUGGUAUGGUUUAGGGAAAGAGAAGGCUAUGAAGAUAAAAGCAAGAAGGACAGCUGGUAUUUGUAUCUGCACGUGGAUACGAGACACCGGUGGAACUACGACAACCCAAGUUGGGAGGCGUCCGGAUUCAAGAUUGUUGAUGGGGGAGGUCUGAUUCGGUAUCGUCAUGGGCUUCCCGACAAUCUACGGAGGCCUUCGGAGCCACGUCCGAGACGUAAUAGAUACUAG